AUGGUCAGCUCCUGUUGUGGCUCUGUCUGCUCUGAGGAGGGCUGUGGCCAAGGCUGCUGCCAGCCCAACUGCUGCCGUCCCAGCUGCUGUGUGUCCAGCUGCUGCAGGCCCAGCUGCUGCCAGCCCAGCUGCUGCCGCCCCAGCUGCUGCAGGCCCAGCUGCUGUGUGUCCAGCUGCUGCAGGCCCAGCUGCUGCAGACCCUCCUGCUGCCAGCCCAGCUGCUGCCGCCCCAGCUGCUGCAUCUCCAGCUGCUGCCAGCCCUCCUGUGGUGGUUCCAGUUGCUGCAGUCCUUGCUGCCAGCCCUGCUGCCGCCCCUGCUGCUGCCUGCGUCCAGUCUGCGGUCAGGUCUGCUGCCAGAGCACUUGCUACCGCCCCACCUGUGUCAUCUCCACCUGCCCCCGCCCCAUGUGCUGUGCCACCCCUUGCUGCUGCUGA